AUGACGGCACGAGCAGGGCCAUGGUGCGUGGUUCAUGUCACGGUCACUUGCACACGCUCAUGCUCACACUGCAAGAUGCUGCUCACUCCCAUGCUCACCCGCACGGACCCGCAGUUCGUGGCUUCCCGGAUGUGCUCCCUGUCUGAGGAUGCGGCUGGUGAGUGCUCCCUGUCUGAGCGGCUGGAUGAUACGGAGCCCUAUUUUAUCGGGAUCUUUUGCUUUGAGGCGGGCAUCAAGAUCAUCGCUCUGGGCUUUGUGUUCCACAAGGGCUCCUACCUGCGGAAUGGCUGGAACGUCAUGGACUUUGUGGUGGUCCUCACUGGGAUCCUCGCCACGGCUGGGACUGACUUCGACCUGCGGACGCUGAGGGCUGUGCGGGUGUUAAGGCCACUGAAGCUGGUGUCUGGGAUUCCGAGUCUGCAGGUGGUGCUCAAGUCCAUCAUGAAGGCUAUGGUCCCGCUGCUGCAGAUCGGGCUGCUGCUCUUCUUUGCCAUCCUCAUGUUUGCCAUCAUUGGCCUCGAGUUCUACAUGGGCAAAUUCCACAAGGCCUGUUUCCCCAACAGCACAGAUGCAGACCCUGUGGGUGACUUCCCCUGUGGCAGGGAGGCCCCGGCCCGGCUGUGUGAGGGGGACACGGAGUGCCGCGAGUACUGGGCAGGACCCAACUUUGGAAUCACCAACUUUGACAACAUCCUGUUUGCCAUCUUGACAGUGUUUCAGUGCAUCACCAUGGAGGGCUGGACAGACAUCCUCUACAAUACGAAUGAUGCGGCUGGCAACACCUGGAACUGGCUGUACUUUAUUCCUCUCAUCAUCAUCGGCUCCUUUUUCAUGCUCAACCUGGUGCUUGGUGUGCUGUCAGGGGAGUUUGCCAAGGAGAGAGAGCGGGUAGAGAACCGCCGCGCCUUCCUUAAACUGCGCCGUCAGCAGCAGAUUGAGCGAGAGCUGAAUGGGUAUCUGGAGUGGAUAUUCAAGGCUGAGGAAGUCAUGCUGGCAGAAGAGGACAAGAAUGCCGAGGAGAAGUCCCCUUUGGAUGUGUUGAAGAGAGCAGCCAACAAGAAGAGCCGCAAUGACCUGAUUCAUGCAGAGGAAGGAGAGGACCGGUUUACAGACCUCUGUGCAGUGGGGUCCCCCUUUGCCCGAGCCAGCCUCAAGAGCGGGAAGACGGAGAGCUCGUCCUACUUCCGGAGGAAAGAGAAGAUGUUCCGGUUCUUCAUCCGGCGCAUGGUGAAGGCUCAGAGCUUCUACUGGGUGGUGCUGUGUGUGGUGACUUUGAACACACUGUGUGUGGCCAUGGUUCACUAUAACCAGCCGCAGAGGCUCACCACGGCACUGUACUUUGCAGAGUUUGUUUUCCUGGGUCUCUUCCUCACAGAGAUGUCUCUAAAGAUGUAUGGCUUAGGGCCUAGAAGCUACUUCCGGUCUUCCUUCAACUGCUUUGACUUUGGGGUCAUCGUAGGGAGCAUCUUUGAAGUGGUCUGGGCUGCCAUCAAGCCAGGGACCUCCUUUGGAAUCAGUGUGCUGCGUGCCCUCCGCCUGCUGAGGAUCUUCAAGGUCACAAAGUUCAACUUCCAAGAUGAGACUCCAACAACCAACUUUGACACCUUUCCAGCUGCCAUCCUCACUGUCUUCCAGAUCCUGACUGGAGAGGACUGGAAUGCGGUGAUGUAUCAUGGGAUCGAGUCGCAAGGUGGAGUCAGCAAAGGCAUGUUCUCCUCCUUUUACUUCAUUGUUCUGACGCUGUUUGGAAACUACACCCUGCUAAAUGUCUUUCUGGCCAUCGCUGUGGACAACCUAGCUAACGCUCAGGAGUUAACCAAGGAUGAAGAAGAGAUGGAAGAAGCUGCCAAUCAGAAGCUUGCUCUACAGAAGGCCAAAGAAGUGGCUGAAGUCAGUCCCAUGUCUGCUGCCAACAUUUCCAUUGCUGCUUUUGUAAAGCAAACUCGAGGUACUGUAUCUCGCAGCUCAUCUGUCUCCAGCGUAAACUCACCGGAGUCUCACUGUGGCCUUGAGGCCAGUGGGGUGACGAGCAUGGGUCCUGUGCACACCCUGCCCAGCACCUCUCUCCAGAAGGUGGAGGAACAGCCAGAGGAUGUGGACAACCAGCGGAAUGUCACUCGAAUGGGCAGUCAACCCUCAGACCCUAGCACAACUGUGCACAUCCCAGUGACAAUGACAGGACCUCCUGGGGAGACUGCAGUGGCUCCCAGUGGUAACAUGGACCUGGAAAGCCAAGCAGAGGGGAAGAAGGAGGCAGAAGCUGACGACAUGCCAAGGAGUGGCCCCCGGCCCAUCGUCCCAUACAGCUCCAUGUUCUGUUUGAGCCCUACCAACCUGCUCCGUCGGUUCUGCCAUUACAUUGUUACCAUGCGGUACUUUGAGAUGGUCAUUCUUGUGGUCAUUGCCUUGAGCAGUAUUGCCCUAGCUGCUGAGGAUCCAGUACGGACAGACUCCUUCAGGAACAAUGCUCUGAAAUAUAUGGAUUACAUCUUCACAGGUGUCUUUACCUUUGAGAUGGUAAUAAAGAUGAUUGACUUGGGGCUACUGCUUCACCCUGGAGCCUACUUCCGGGACCUGUGGAACAUUCUCGACUUCAUUGUGGUCAGUGGGGCCUUGGUGGCAUUUGCCUUCUCAGGAUCCAAAGGGAAAGACAUCAACACCAUCAAGUCUCUGAGAGUGCUGCGUGUCCUGCGACCCCUCAAGACCAUUAAACGACUGCCUAAGCUCAAGGCUGUGUUUGACUGUGUGGUGAAUUCCCUGAAGAAUGUCCUCAACAUCCUCAUUGUCUACAUGCUCUUUAUGUUCAUAUUUGCCGUCAUUGCAGUACAGCUCUUCAAAGGGAAGUUUUUCUACUGCACUGAUGAAUCUAAGGAGCUGGAGAGGGACUGCAGGGGUCAGUACUUGGAUUAUGAAAAAGAGGAAGUGGAAGCCCAACCAAGACAAUGGAAGAAAUAUGACUUCCACUAUGACAAUGUACUCUGGGCCCUGUUGACGCUGUUCACGGUGUCCACAGGAGAGGGGUGGCCCUUGGUGUUGAAACAUUCUGUUGAUGCCACCUAUGAGGAACAAGGACCAAGCCCUGGGUUCCGCAUGGAGCUGUCCAUCUUCUACGUGGUCUACUUCGUUGUCUUCCCCUUCUUCUUUGUCAACAUCUUUGUAGCCUUGAUUAUCAUCACCUUCCAGGAGCAGGGGGACAAAGUGAUGUCUGAGUGCAGCCUAGAGAAGAAUGAGAGGGCUUGCAUUGACUUUGCCAUCAGCGCCAAGCCCCUGACACGGUACAUGCCCCAAAACAAGCAGUCGUUCCAGUAUAAGACAUGGACGUUUGUGGUCUCGCCUCCUUUCGAGUACUUCAUCAUGGCAAUGAUAGCCCUCAACACAGUAGUGCUGAUGAUGAAGUUCUACGACGCACCUUAUGAGUAUGAGCUGAUGCUGAAAUGCCUGAACAUCGUGUUCACGUCUAUGUUCUCUAUGGAAUGUGUGCUGAAAAUCAUCGCCUUUGGGGUGCUGAACUACUUCAGAGAUGCCUGGAAUGUAUUCGACUUUGUUACCGUGUUGGGAAGUAUCACUGAUAUUUUAGUAACAGAAAUUGCGGAAACGAAUAACUUCAUCAACCUGAGCUUCCUUCGCCUCUUCAGAGCUGCACGGCUCAUCAAGUUGCUCCGGCAGGGCUACACCAUCCGCAUUUUGCUGUGGACCUUCGUUCAGUCCUUCAAGGCGCUGCCCUACGUGUGUCUUCUCAUUGCCAUGCUGUUCUUCAUCUACGCCAUCAUCGGCAUGCAGGUCUUUGGGAACAUUGCCCUUGAUGAUGACACCAGCAUCAACCGGCAUAACAACUUCCGGACGUUCCUACAAGCUUUGAUGCUGUUGUUCAGAAGCGCCACAGGGGAGGCCUGGCACGAAAUCAUGCUGUCUUGUCUAGCCAACCGGGCCUGCGACCCAUAUGCCAACGCCAGUGAGUGUGGAAGUGACUUUGCCUACUUUUACUUCGUGUCCUUCAUCUUCCUUUGUUCCUUUCUGAUGUUGAACCUCUUUGUGGCUGUGAUCAUGGACAAUUUUGAGUACCUCACGCGGGACUCUUCCAUCCUAGGGCCUCAUCACCUGGACGAGUUCAUCCGUGUCUGGGCUGAGUACGACCCAGCUGCGUGUGGGCGCAUCAGUUACAAUGACAUGUUUGAGAUGCUGAAACACAUGUCUCCACCUCUGGGGCUGGGGAAGAAAUGCCCGGCUCGAGUUGCAUACAAGCGCCUGGUCCGCAUGAAUAUGCCCAUCUCCAAUGAGGACAUGACGGUGCACUUCACGUCCACGCUGAUGGCCCUAAUCCGGACUGCCCUGGAGAUCAAACUGGCCCCAGCUGACGAGAUGACAGUGGGGAAAGUCUACGCAGCUCUGAUGAUAUUCGAUUUCUACAAACAGAACAAAACCACCAGAGACCAGAUUCACCAAGCUCCCGGAGGCCUAUCCCAGACGGGCCCUGUGUCCCUGUUCCACCCUCUGAAGGCCACCCUGGAGCAGGCACAGCCGGCUGUGCUCCGAGGAGCUCGGGUUUUCCUUCGGCAGAAGAGUGCCACUUCCCUCAGCAAUGGCGGUGCUAUACAAACCCAAGAGACUGGCAUCAAGGAGUCCUUGUCCUGGGGCACUCAGAGGACCCAGGACACACUCUAUGAGGCCAGGGCCCCCCUGGAGCGUGGCCACUCAGCAGAGAUUCCUGUGGGUCAGGCAGGAGCACUGGCUGUGGAUGUCCAGAUGCAGAAUAUGGCGCUGAGGGGCCCUGAUGGGGAGCCCCAACCUGGGCUGGAGAGCCAAGGCCGAGCCGCUUCCAUGCCCCGCCUGGCAGCAGAAACGCAGCCUGCCCCUGAUGCCAGCCCUAUGAAGCGCUCCAUCUCCACACUGGCCCAGCGCCCCCAUGGGGUUCACCUCUGCAAUGCUGCCCUGGACCGUCCUCCCCCCAGCCAGGCAACACAUCAUCACCACCACCGCUGCCACCGUCGCAGGGACAAGAAACAGAGGUCCCUGGAAAAGGGGCCUAGCCUCUCUGUGGACAUAGAGGGCGCACCAAACAGCGCUGCCGGGCCAGGCCUGCCUGCAGGAGAAGGACCUACAGGCUGCCGGCGGGAGCGGGAGCGGAAGCAGGAGCGGGGCAGGUCCCAGGAGCGCAGACAGCCUUCAUCUUCUUCUUCAGAAAAGCAGCGUUUCUACUCCUGUGACCGCUUUGGGAGUCGGGAGCCUCCACAGCCCAAGCCCUCCCUCAGCAGCCACCCCACAUCUCCAACAGCAGGGCUGGGCACAGGCCCCCCCGCACAGGGCAGUGGCCCAGUUAAUGGGAGCCCUUCACUGUCAACAUCUGGUGCUAGCACUCCGGGUCGAGGUGGGCGGAGGCAGCUCCCACAAACCCCUUUGACCCCUCGCCCCAGCAUCACCUACAAGACGGCCAACUCCUCGCCGGUCCACUUUGCUGGGGCUCAGAGUGGCCUCCCAGCCUUCUCCCCAGGCCGGCUCAGCCGCGGCCUUUCUGAACACAACGCCUUGCUCCAGAGAGAGCCCCUGAGCCAGCCCUUGGCUCCGGGCUCUCGCAUCAGCUCAGACCCUUACCUGGGCCAGCGUCUGGACAGCGAGGCCUCUGCCCACACUCUGCCUGAGGACACGCUCACCUUCGAGGAGGCGGUGGCUACCAACUCAGGCCGUUCCUCGAGGACUUCCUACGUGUCCUCCCUGACCUCCCAGCCCCACCCUCUCCGCCGUGUGCCCAAUGGCUACCACUGCACUUUGGGACUCAGCACCGGUGUCCGGGCACGGCACAGCUACCACCACCCUGACCAAGACCACUGGUGCUAGCUGCACCGUGACUGCCACACACGUGCUCACCGCGGGCAUGGGCUCCAGUUGAUGAGUUUUAUCAUCCAUGCUGGGCUCUGGGGCUGCAGCCCUGGGAGGAGGUAUCUUGCCUCGUGGCCUCCAUGGUGGAGGCUCCUGCUCUACUCCUCUCCUCUUCCCUCCCUCUUCUUUUACAUUGGAUGGACUAAUAAAACCCUUUCUUAGAGGGAUAUGACUCUCUAUCCCCCUGUGUGCUGCCUUCCUGGGUCUCACGCCACCCAUCAGAUCCUAAGCAGGUGGUGGCUGAGUUGAGGCAGACCCAGUGAGCUCAUAUCCCAUAUCAUGGCCACCAGCGUCUGGGCUGGGUGCUUCAACGUUUUAGUUGGUGGUUUGAGUCUCAUGGGACACAGCAUUGAUCCAGAUGUGUAGUACAGAGAGCAAGGUGUGCCUGGAAGCAAGGAAGGGGCCCAGCGGUGGCCUCGUGGUACCUGAAAGCAUCACAGUGAUCACGUGUCCAUGGUUGCUCUUAGCACCGAACAGCAAAUGUACAUAGAAAUCAAUGCAUUUGAGGCUCUGUCUUUCCCAACACUUGCUGCUCCAACAGGGACCAAAUCUGGAGAAUGUUCUUGUGCUUGAUUCUGGUUUUUAAUCACAACAUCUUUCACUCUUUGUCGUUUCUAUAUACUUGAUCUAGAAAAAGAUAAAAUAAGAAAAACGGGGAAAGAAAUGUUCACAUAAAAUUUCAGAAUCAACCUGUAGGAAGGUCUCUUGGUUGCAUUUGACUUGUGGGAGAUACUGCUGUGUGGACCGCCCCCCCCCCAGGUGGGUCCCUUGUUGAUCGCAGUUCCUGCUGCUUGACACAGUGCCUGACCUCUGGCUCCUGAGCAUCUAUGAGGGUGGAGGCCUUGUGAACUUAGUCGAGAGCUGCAGCCUGUGAGCACCGGCUAGCAUCCAGCAGCACAGCACAGUUGUAAGCGAGUGGCUGUGCCCUCUGUCCUCCCGUGAGGGCGAUUCUGGGGAAGCCACAGAGCAGCGAGGUCUGUGCCUGUGUGUGGCACUUUCAGUCUGUUCUCUACUGAUUCUCAGGGAUGGGAUGCCUGCUAAGUAGGGCAUGAUCUCUGUUGUGUGUGAAUUCAGUUUCACUAAAUGCUGAAGUGAGCAAAAUGCUAGUUGGGUAAAAGACAGCAGCUGGGGAUGUGGAUCAUGGAAAAAAGGAACCCCAGCUAAAGUCCUAGUGACUGGCAGAGGAAAUGGCUUCUGGGCUAAAGUUGGGCAUCUUAGAGCCUGGCACAGUUUCUGUCUCCCAGGCCUGGGUAGGCAGCAAAUAAAACCUCACCUCAUGACCACUCUCCAAAGGGAAAACCCAUUCUCAGGAUGGUGUGCAGUGUGCCCAGAGGGUGGAGUCCUGCCGGAGGAAAGGCGCAUGCAGACACGUCCAUUGGUGUGUCCUCUGUGUUUUGAAAUUUCAGAUGAUGUCUCUGUGUGAUUGUUGACUUCUACCCCACGCUCCUCACAAAAGCUCUGUGUGUGUGUGUGUGUGUGUGUGUGUUUAUAGAAUGUGGGUGUAUGUGGAAGUGUGUUUAGUGAAUGGAUCUUGUCAACCAUAGGGCUAUGCAACAAAUGACACAAAACACACAAGACUACCACUUGGUCUAGGGUUUCAGCAUGAUUGUGACCAAACCUUUUUAUAGAAUUUCCUUAUGUGAAGGCACAACACUCUGAAACUUUAAAGCUAACAGAGUAUUUUAUUCCAAUAGGGUAAAAUUAAAGGAACCUAAGACUGUGCAUGUGACUGCCCAUGUUGCAAAGUAGGAGGCUGUGCAUUUUGAUCUUAAUGUUUUGUCUCUCUUCCUGCCCCGGCCCGUGUUCUCCUGGGUGUCAAAUGCAUACAUUCCAUAUAGAACCAUAGCUGUCUGCUUAGGCCGUCACAGGUUGAGAAUACCUGUAGCUGGCUUGUCUGGAUUCUUCUCAGCAUUGACAUAAGUGAAAAUUGCAGUGGUGGUAGCUGUGGGGGAGGGGGGAGGAGACAUUAUGCUUUGUUUUCCUGCCUUUGGAUUUGUUUCUGUACUGUCUCUUCUCAAACUAUUGUCUGUUUCCCCUGAAAUCUCAUAGUGAGUUGCCAAAUUUGAAUUGCAUCAACCAGCUGUCUGCAUCUGGAAUCUGUCAAGCAGUGGCUGUAGUUUGAACAGUUAUGUGUGCAUGUAAAAUAUAUACAUAUAUAUAUACACACAUUAUAUAAGUAUGUGCAUGAAAUGUAUAUCUUCGUACCUUUUGAUACAAUGUAUUCAUUUGUUAAUUUUUAAUUAUAUUUGAUAUAAAUUGAAGGUUUGUUGCAAAACUUUAUAUUUAACAACAGUGUUAGAGAGAGAGAGAGAGAGAGAGAGGAAGAAAGAGAACUCCAGUCAUGCAACACAACUGGACCUUACUUAAAAACAAACAAACAAACAAAUUCAUGCGAUUGAAUUAGUUUGCUGCCUGAGUAGUAUUUACAAGCUGAACUUUGGAUUCUGAUAUUGUUUCUACAAUGACAUUUUGUAUGGAGCAAAGUCCUUGGAAUAAAAUAAAAACUUAGCAA